AUGGCUAAAUCUGAGUGGAUUUGUUGGACAUUUUUCAAAGUUAACAAGCUUGACUGUGCAUGGUUGUGGCAAUUUAAAAUAUCUUUUAUCAUCAUCAAUGAUUAAAAGUAUUGUGCAUCUCCAAAGAAUUGAGAUAUGUGAUUGUAAAAAGAUGGAGCAAGUAAUAGUCGGGGACGGUUCAGAAGAAGAAAUGAGGAUGCUACUACGUGAACUAGGGUUCCUGAAACUUGGAGGUCUCCCGAAACUCACACGAUUCUGCACAUGUGAUUUGAUUGAAUGUCCUGCAUUAAAUGAGUUGCAAAUUAAAAAUUGCCCUGUACUGAUGACAUUUGUCUCCAGUUCUGCAAGUGCAGUCAUGGCAGCAAGCAGUGAACGUGAAAUAUUGGACUAUACACUCUUUAAUGAAAAGGUUGCAUUCCCCAACUUGGUGCAAGUGCAAAUUUCGAAUGCAGAUGCUUUGAGAAAGAUCUGGCACAACCACCUUCACUCAGUUUCUUUCUACAAAUUACGGGUAAUGAAGGUGGAAUAUGGCAAUCAACUGGUGCAAAUUUUUCCGUCUAACAUAUUCAAGAGACUCGAGAAUCUCAAGGAUGUGGUCAUAAGGAAUUGUGAUUCACUAGAAGUGGUCUUCGAUCUCCAAGAGCUGGUUAUAAAUAUAACAGAAUCAAUAACGAGUGAAUUGAGAGAUUUGGAUAUUCGAAACCUCCAAAAUUUGAAGUAUGUGUGGAAUAAGGAUCCCCAACAAGCUCUCUCCUUUCCCUCUCUCCUUUCCUAACUUGAGUUCAGUUUAUGUUUCGGACUGUCCAAGCCUGAAAAACCUGUUUCCAACUUCCAUUGCUAAAAAUCUUCUCCAACAUAAAAUACUUUACUUAGAUGAUUGUGGCUUGAAAGAACUUGUUACAAAGGAGGAAGGAGCGGAAACAAAUCCUAAGUUUGCAUUUCCUCAACUCAAGUCCUUGGACUUGUGGAGAUUAAAUGAGCUAAAUUGUUUCUAUCCUGGAUCUCACACACUAGAAUGUCCAGUUUUAGAAAAGUUGGUUGUCUUUCAUUGUGACAAAUUGGAGACUUUAACCUUUGAACCAGUUGACAGCAACUUGCAAGAAACACAA